CAUCCCAUCACACCAAGAUGUCUUGCUACGACCUGUGCCCACCAAAAACCAGCGUCGCCGUGCCCCAGCCCAUCGCUGAGAGCUGCAACGAGCUGUGCGCGCGCCAGUGCCCCGACUCGACGGCCUUCAUCCAGCCACCGCCCGUCGUCAUCACCUUCCCCGGCCCCAUCCUCAGCUCCUUCCCCCAGCAAGCCGUGGUGGGCUCCUCCGGAGCACCCGCCUUUGGCGGCUCCCUGGGGCUGGGGGGCCUCUACGGCGCCGGGGCCACUCAGGGCUCAGGGGGCCUCUGCACCUUUGGCAGACCCUACGCUUCUCCUGCCUGCAGCCCCUGCGCCUUGCCCCGCUACAGCAGGAAGCUCUGGGACACCUGUGGGCCCUGCUAAACUCAGGCCCUGCCUGCUCCCACCAACACUAGCAUCCACUCAUUCCUGAAUGCCUGGGCCUGGAGUGUUGAGGAGUGCUGAGCAUCUCCUGCUGCCACUGAGGCCUGAGCCACUGGCAGUGCUGGCACCUUUGCUUGCUUUGCCCACAUCUCCUGCCCAUUCCUCUUCUUCCAUGGACUUCAACCUGAGU